CCGUUACACCAAAUUCUUCCACUAACUGCCAGGACCUCCAUUACUACAUUUGAACAUGACAGCUGUUAAGGCACCAUGAAGACAAGGUUCACCACUGUGGAUAUCAGGGCGGUCAUUGCCGAAAUCAAUGCCAACUACGUUGGCAUGAGAGUAAACAACGUGUACGACAUCGACAAUAAGACGUAUCUGAUCCGUCUGCAAAAGCCCGACAGCAAAGCUGUUCUCCUGGUCGAGUCCGGGACUCGAAUUCACUCUACAGACUUCGAAUGGCCCAAGAACAUGAUGCCUUCGGGCUUUGCAAUGAAAUGUCGAAAACACCUGAAGUCACGGCGGUUGACUCAGGUUAAGCAGCUCGGGAUUGACAGGAUUGUCGACAUCCAGUUUGGCUCAGACGAGGCUGCCUACCACUUGAUCAUUGAACUGUAUGACAGGGGUAACGUCAUUCUUGCAGAUCAUGAGUACACCAUCCUGAACCUGCUGCGGUUUCGGACAGCAGAGACGGAGGAUGUUAAGAUUGCUGUGAGGGAGCGGUACCCCGUGGAGAACGCCCGACCGCCUGAACCUCUCAUCAGUUUAGAGCGACUCACUGAAAUCAUCAGUAGUGCACAGAAUGGAGAUCAAGUAAAAAGAGUCCUGAACCCUCACCUUCCCUAUGGAGCCACUCUGAUAGAACACAGUUUGAUAGAGGCGGGACUGCCAGGCUCCGUCAAAAUUGACAGCCAAGUUGAUGCUGCCCAAGUUGCUCCUCAAAUCCUGGAAGCGCUGCAGAUUGCAGAAACGUAUAUGGAAAAGACUGAGAACUUCAGUGGCAAAGGUUACAUCAUCCAGAAGAGUGAGAAGAAACCAAGCUUAACUCCUGGCAAACCCAGCGAUGAACUGCUCACAUAUGAUGAAUUCCACCCAUUCCUCUUUGCCCAGCAUGCAAAGAGCCCUUAUUUGGAGUUUGAUACUUUUGACAAGGCAGUGGAUGAGUUCUUUUCUAAGAUGGAGAGUCAGAAGAUUGACAUGAAGGCCUUGCAGCAGGAGAAACAGGCUCUGAAGAAGUUGGAAAAUGUUAAGAAGGACCACGAGCAGAGGCUGGAGGCCUUGCACCAAGCACAGGAGGUGGACAGAGUAAAGGGUGAACUGGUGGAGAUGAACCUACCUGUGGUAGAGAGGGCGCUGCAGGUGGUGCGCAGUGCACUUGCCAAUCAGGUUGAUUGGACUGAGAUCGGCAUUAUCGUCAAAGAAGCACAAGCUGCUGGGGACCCCGUGGCAUGCGCCAUCAAGGAGCUGAAGCUGCAGACCAACCACAUCACCAUGCUUUUAAAGAAUCCAUAUAUUUCUGAGGAAGACCUGGAAGAGGAGGAGAAAAAAGACACGGUAGAGGAGAAAGGGAAGAAAAAGAAUAAAGACAAAGGACAGAACAAGAAGUUGCAUAAGAACAAGCCCAUGUUAGUGGAUGUGGAUCUUAGCCUGUCGGCUUAUGCCAAUGCCAAAAAGUACUAUGAUUGCAAACGCAGUGCUGAAAAAAAGGAACAUAAAACCAUGGAAGCAGCAGAUAAGGCUAUGAAAUCUGCAGAGAAAAAAACACAGAAAACACUAAAAGAGGUUCAGACUGUGACCACCAUUCAGAAGGCCAGAAAGGUCUACUGGUUUGAGAAGUUCUUAUGGUUCAUCAGCUCAGAGAAUUAUCUGGUUAUCGCAGGAAGGGAUCAGCAGCAGAACGAGAUGAUCGUCAAACGCUAUCUGCGGGCAGGUGACCUCUAUGUUCAUGCUGACCUCCACGGAGCAACUAGCUGUGUCAUCAAAAACCCCUCAGGUGACCCCGUCCCUCCCCGUACUCUGACUGAAGCGGGCACUAUGGCUGUCUGCUACAGUGCUGCUUGGGAUGCCAAGAUCAUCACCAGCGCUUGGUGGGUUCAUCAUCAUCAGGUGUCAAAGACAGCUCCCACUGGAGAGUAUCUGACCACUGGAAGUUUCAUGAUCAGAGGAAAGAAAAACUUUCUGCCACCUUCUUACCUGAUUAUGGGCUUUGGAUUCCUCUUCAAGGUCGAAGAGGAGAGUGUGUUCCGGCACAGAGGAGAGAGAAAGGUGAAGACUGUUGAGGAAGACAUGGAGGACGUCACGUCCACAACUGCUGAGCUGUUAGAUGAGGAUGGAGAGGAGCUGAUUGGUGAUGACAGCAGCAAUGAAGAUCCGGGUGAGGAAAAAGAAGGAGGGACAGAAAAGGAGAUUAAAAAAGCGCCAAAGGGGGAAGAUGGUGCAAGUGGAGAACUGGCUACUGUUCCUGAGGAGAACAUGGAGGAAGAGGAAGAGGAGGGGAGAGAGGAAGACAGCGGGGAGGAAGAGGAGAUGAAGAAUGAAAAUGGUGAAGAGUUCAGCUUUCCAGACACGACCAUCUCCCUCUCUCAUUUACAGCCGAGCAGGAGUGCUCAGAACCCUGGCUUCAAAAAGGAAGUGACUGCUCAGGUUGAGGUAGACUCACAGGGGAGGAAACACAUGACUGCAAAGCAGAGAAGAGAAGAGAAGAAGAAGAAGCAGAAACAGGAAGAGUACGACACCGAGGUGAAGACGGAGACGUCAUCUGCUGGAUCAGCAGGCGAUCAAGGAUCCAAAGGUGGAGGAGGCUCCUCCCAGCAGCCACUGAAGAGAGGUCAAAGGAACAAGCUAAAGAAGAUCAAAGAGAAGUACAAAGAUCAGGAUGAAGAGGACAGAGAGCUGAUGAUGCAGCUGCUCGGGUCAGCUGGUUCUGCCAAGGAAGAGAAGGAUAAGGGGAAGAAAGGCAAGAAAGGGAAGGGGAAAGAGGAACCCUUCAGGAAACCAGCCUCUCAGAAACCAUCCCAGAAACCUCGUUAUGUGGAGACUGCGGCAAAGAAACCAGAGCAGACGGAAGGAGGGGAGGAUACUGAGGAGAAACAGCCUGGAGAGGAGGGAGGUCCUGCUGAACAGGAGGAGAAGGAAGAUGACAUAGACCCGGACAACCCCGGAGCAGAGGAAGCAGAGAACCUGCUCACCUCUCUGACAGGCCAGCCUCACCCUGAAGAUGUGCUGAUGUUUGCUGUGCCAGUCUGUGCUCCAUACACCGCCCUGACCAACUACAAACACAAGGUGAAACUGACGCCAGGUUCUCAAAAGAAAGGAAAAGCUGCACGUACUGCUGUACUCAGCUUUAUGAAAGCCAAAGAGACGUCAGCCAGAGAGAAAGACCUGUUCCGCAGUGUCAAGGAUACUGAUCUAUCCAGAAACAUGGCGGGCAAAGUUAAAGUGUCUGCUCCCAACCUGCUGGCUGCCAAGAAGAAAUGAGAGCCGGGGUAAACACAGACAUGACAAUAUGUGGAUUUAUAGUAUUUCAUCAAUUCAGUGGGACCUUGCCAACUUCUUCUGUGUGAACAGUCGCAGAUUAAGCUCUCAUCAUCGCUGUUUGGACAUGAAUAAUUUUAUUCAAAGAUUGUAUGUAUUGAUCAACAGUUUAUUUGAACUGAAAACAUGUAAAUUAACAAAGCUGAACAGAACAUAUCUUCUGGUAUGUUUAUUCUUUAAGUACAAAUGAACAGUAUGCAUUUUGUUCUACAAUAAAAAACACCAAGGGAACAUUGUGCAAACCAGGCAAAUACAAACAAAGCCCUACUGACAUGAGGCAUUUCAGUGCAGCGUGGCUCAACAUCCAAUACACUCACAGUAUUUUAAGUCAACUGAUUAAAUAAAAUUAAAAUGCUACAGGAGCCACUCAUGACAAUUAAAGGCUUUAAAAGCCUGAACAAAGAACCCUCACAUUUCCUCACAAAUAUAUAAAUUACUUUUAUAUAUGUGUAUAAAUAAAAACUGAAAAUGAACAUUUCUGUGGCUUCGGAGUAGAUAGUCUUGCGUAACAAAGCACUAGUUUUAGGUCUGUGAGAACUUAAACUAUCCAAGAAUUCGCAAACACCUGUUCAAGAUCGUGCCAAACAUUAGUCAUAGGAAUCAUUAAAGCAACAGGCUCCCGCAAAAAAAAAAGAAAUCUGCAUGGUUAAAGCAAAUUUGUUUAAGCCUUCACACUGUUUUUAGUGUUAGCACUUUACAUCUUUAAGGUUUCAUUUGAGGAAGAACAGAAUUUCAACAAACAACUGGCGUACGCGUUUGUUUAACAGAACUGGAACGUUGCCCUUGACUCUUGGGUAUAUCUACAGGAUACCUACUAAUAAACUAUUAUCUUGUGGAGGAAAGGGAGUUCACAAAGCCAGAGUUCUGCCCACUCUCCAAACAUUUUUUUCCCCCCUCAAUAACACAAUGCAUUUUCUCACAGAGUUGCUUUGAGCAGUCUUCCUGAACUUUAAUAAAAAGAAAUCCACCUGAAAAAUUAUGUUGAGCCAAGACAGCAGAAGAA